UUGAUUCUAUUAAUUGAUUGAAAUAACUUAAGUUUUUAUAAUAAUGUAAAUGUCAAGUCCACCUGCAGAGAGAAUUUAAGGGAUAGCAUGUUUGAAACCAUAUGGAACAUCUCAGGCCUGUGAGUAAGUCCUUACUGGGUUGUGGUUGUGGUGGAGUGCUCGUGGGCAUCAUAUCUGGAUCAUCUAUCCGUUAGAGUAUUCACUGUUAAAGUAACUAGUCAGAACUCAAAUAUCAGCUGACAUGGGCCAUUUGUUUAAGUGUUCAGACUUUUUCUAUGUCUCUAACUAUUGAUAUAGCUAGUGUUGCCUACUUUCAGAUGAAUAAGCUGAGGACAAGGCAUCAUUUUGUAACAAUAUGUUGUUUUUAUAUUUAAAGGUUCAGGAAAAAUUUAAACAUACAGCUGGUGGGGAAUACAUUGGAUUUAGUAAUGCUACGUAAGUUAUGUUUCUUUGUUCAGCCAUGAUAAAAAUUGUUAUGGUUUUAUAAUUAGUCAUUCUGACUACUUAUCAUUGAUUCCUCUAUUAAUAAUAUCAUUAUGUUUCAAUAGGCCAUUUUUAUAUUAAAAUUCAAACUUGGCUCUGAGGCUAAUGGGUGAAUAAAACAACAGGGAUUAAUUAUUCAUCCUCAAUAUGAUUUCUUUUGUUUUUAUUAUUCCCCCAAGCCCCUGAGAAAAGUUUGAAUUUAAAUAUAUCAGAAAUGGCUUAUUGCAAUCAAAACAAAAUUUCCCAGUCAUCUCAAAAAUAUGAAAAUAAAUAGUGAAAAGAGACAGGUUUAUAGGGUGAAGUGAUGAAAAGCUAUAUUAUAAAAUUAUAAUAUUGUUAUUACUAUAAUAAUCACUAUGAUGAGGAAUUAUUGGAUGAGGUUGAGCAUGAUAUCAUGAACUAUCAAAACUGAGGCAGAUAACAUUAACAUGAGGUUAUUAUCAAUAAUUAUUAUAGACAUUGAGGGACUUCCCUCACCAAUAUCAAUACAUCACAUGACUGUCAUUGCUUGAACCUGUGUAAAACUUCUUGUGAUCUGCUGUAUUUCAUAUGAUUAUCAAUUCAUUACUACUGAUUUUGGUGAAUAAAUUAAUUUAAAAUAUUUUUAGCUUUUUAUCUGAGCGUGAAACUGCUGACAAAAACUAUGCUCUGGGAUACUACAUGAAUGCUCACAAGGUUGGUGGAACAUGCAUGAUGCAUGGAAGUACACAGCAAGCUCACUAAAAAGUUAGAAUACAAACUAAGUAAAGUUCUUUGUAGAGCAGCAGCCAGGCAGAAAUUUGGACAUACCUUAGAGAAAUUGAAAAUUGUCUGAAACAACAAAACUGAACUUUAUCAUAACACUAAACAUUAACCUAAUCUGUUUAAACAAGUUGUAAUUAUUGAUAAUUAAUUAUUAACUAAUUUUAAUAAAUUAUGAUAUUCAUAUUUAUAUAUUGCAAUUAUAAAUUUAAAUUAGAGCUUAUGAAUAGUACAAGCUGGAGAACCAACCAAGAGUGACUAGCAUCUAAUUUCCUCUUUACAAUAUCACCACGGAAUCACACAUUAAGGUCAUGAGAAUAAAAGAAAUGAUCAACAACUAAAGAAACUCGAUUGUUCAACAAAUUCUCCUUGUCAGAACCUUAGUAAAUGUACAGGGAAUAGUAUGGAGAAUAUAAAUACUGAUGAUUGGGUGUUAAGGGUUAAUGAAAUAUUAAUUUCUGUUGCAUUGAAUUAUGAGUAUAAGCAUGAGCACACUUGAAAAAUUGUGCUGCUUGUUACUUGGUCCCAUUUUCAUGGAUCUCUACUUUAAGGACCAGCAAGACCAGGAAUAAAUAUGAAAUAAAUAACAAAUCCCAAAUGCUGUAAAGAUGGAGAAGAGUCACUAGAUAUUAACUGUGCCAAAUGAUAUCAGUUUGAUUUUCUUCAUUUUUGUUGAAGGCUUUUCCACCUAACACAAAUCUGAUGGAUACUUUUGAACUCUACUUUCAUGUAAGUAUCAUUUAUUUUACAGACUCAACUUGUUAUUUUCUACAUACACUGGAUAUCUUAAUUUCCCCAGAAUUUCAACUGUGAUUAAUUUAAAUGGCAGCAAAAUUUGUUUGUAGACUUGCUCCACAGAAACAACCUGUGAUGCUGGUAGUGUUAUGGCAGCAACCCUGGCAAAUGGAGGAAUUUGUCCUUUGACUGGUGAAAAAGUAAUCAUUAUGUGUUAAUUUUUAAAAUAUGAGAACUUUGUGUAUUGAUUAUAAGUUUUUCAUUAAUUAGGCUAUUAUUUAUAAUUCAUUUGAUAACUUUUUUCAUCCAAGAAAUUUGUGCCAAGGGACAUUAGCACUUUCUCCUGGCUCUUGGUGACUGUCUUAUCAGCAAAAAAUUGAAAACUUAUUGCCAAAUUACUGCCACUUCGAUAAAAAAUCAAGAGGAGUGGCUGAUAUUUUGUUUUAGUGUAUACAGCAAAGUGGCUUUGUCAGUGGUUGAAAACAUGUUUUCAUUCUUACAGGUAUUCAGCUCACAGACUGUACAACAUACACUGUCUCUCAUGCUUUCUUGUGGACUGUAUGAUUACUCUGGACAAUUUGCCUUUCAUGUAAGGAGAAUAGUCAAUGCACAGAGUUUAUUUUAUUAGUUUAUUAGCUGUUAAAUUCAGAAAACUUUGAACACCUGAAGUAUUUUAUUUUCAAAACAUUGUGAUAUGACCUUUUUCAUUAGGAAUUAGGACAACAUGGAAGUCAAUUUAAGCCACAAAACCACAAACUAUUUUCAGUUACUGCCUACGGUUUUGUGAUCUUCUGCCUGCAGGUGGCUUGUUUCCUUAGCACAACUUUUAUUUUCAGAAAUAUUUCCAUGGUGUUCUGAUUUCAGUGUAGAGACACUGAGAUUUUCAAAGCUACAUUGUAUUGAUCAGCUGAUCCAAAAAAUUUACUAACAAGAUCCUUAAUUGGCUUCUAAACUGACUUAUAGCAUUUUCUUGAAUUUUCUCAAUUGUUGUUGUUUUUUUUUCAGGUAGGCUUGCCAGCCAAGUCAGGUGUCAGUGGUGCAGUCUUGAUAGUUGUGCCUAAAGUUUGUGGUAUGAUGGUCUGGUCGCCACCACUGGAUGAUCUAGGUAACAGUGUCAGAGGAAUGCAGUUUUGUAAGGUAAUGAUAAUAAUGAAGCAAAGUUAAUGUAACAAUUAAAAGCUCCAUGUGCACAGAGCUUUCAUGAAGGUGAUUCUGGUGAUCUGGGUGGAAUUUUGUGUCAUGGGGGUGAGGAAAAAGAGAGCCUGCCACUAUCCUUACAUUUCAAAAAAGGGGGUGGACUUGUGCUCUUGCCACAAUUCCUUUUGCCGUCUUUGUGUGAAAUUCUGCAUUCAUCUCUGAUCAAUCAAUGUUAAGGAGAAUUGUGUUGAGUACAAUGAUGGUGAAGAUAAUGCUGAUGAUAAUUACAUAAAGACGACGAUAGUGAUGGCAAUUACAUGGAAUUACGGUCAACUCGCCGACGGACCAACUCGCCGACGCCAACUCGCCGACGUAUAAAAUCGAGUAGAGACGUCGGCGAGUUGGUCGUCAAUCCAAUACAGCUUAUUAGAAGUUAAACAUACAGAAAAUUAAACGAUAUUUAGUAAAAAAACACUGGUGAACAUUGGUGAACAUCAAACAGAAGCUUAAACAUUGGUGAACAUUGGUGAACAUCACCAAUGACCAGAACAGCUUAAGACGCGAACGAGUUAUUGUGCGACAACAACACCAUAAAGACUCAUCAUGUCAAUCGCUCAGAUCUUUUAACGAAAACUUGGCUUUCUAGACAAGAUCUUUAUUAAAAAGCAUUUCUUUUUAUUUGCAACAAAGUUUAUAAGGAUCUCAAGGCGAAUAAAGCGAAGUAAACAUCACCAAUGACUCUAACAGCUUCAAACGCGAACGAGUUAUUGUGUGACAACAACACUGUAAAGACUCAUCAUGACAAUCGGUCAGAUUUUUUAAGAAAACUUGGCUUUCUAGAUAAGAUCUUUAGUAAAAAGCAUUUCUUUUUAUUUGCAACAAAGUUUAUAAGGAUCUCAAGGCGAAUAAAGUAAAGUAAACAUCACCAAUUACUAUAUCCGCUUCAGACGCGAACGAGUUAUUGUAUGACAACAACACCGUAAAGACUCAUCAUGUUAAUCGCUCAGAUUUUUUAAGAAAACAUGUUCACCAAUGUUCACCGAUGUUUAAGCUUCUGUUUGAUGUUCACCAAAGUUCACCAGUGUUUUUUUACUAAAUAUCGUUUACUUUUCUGUAUGUUUAACUUCUUAUACGUUGUAUUGGAUUGACGACCAACUCGCUGACGUCUCUACUCGAUUUUAUACGUCGGCGAGUUAGCGUCGGCGAGUUGACUGGUUACUAUUACAUGAUAUUAACAGAUUGUGUUGUUGAGGAUAACAGUGAUGUUAGGUCAAGGAUAACAAUUAAGAACAAUGAUGACAAUUGUAUUGAACUACAUGUAUAAGAGUGACGAGGAUAAAUCUACAGAGUAUUGAAUGGAUAUGAAUGUUUUGAUUGAGAAUAAUACUCUGACAAUCUGUUCCAGUAAGUUUGAUGGGAAAGAUUCUUUAGAGGCUGUGACAAUCAUAUAUUUUGCAGGAACUUGUCAGCUUGUUCGAUUUCCAUAACUAUGACCUGAAGGGUGCUUCAUCAGGUAGAAAACUUGACCCUCGCAGAAGAAAGGCUGAAGUACAGGUACAGUUUGAUCAAGUUAUGAUUCAUAAUUUGAACUUAGGUCCUCUGAUAAAACUAUGGUUUGCAAAGGCAAGGAGUAACUGAAUUUUAAAAUGAGAAGCUAACUUUGAUAAAAUAUUAUGUACUACUAUCAUGUCUGUGUAAGUGCCAAAUUAUACAGUUUAAUAAUAUUUUAAACAGUAUAUAUUAUGUUCAAGUUAUUUCAUUGAAUGUUAUUUCCAACAAUAAUUUUUCUUUAUCAUGGCAGUUUUAAUUGGCAAGGAGUAAAUGUAUCAAAGAGAAGCUAACCAAUAUGAUUACAAUUAUGAUAUAACCAUAUUUACCCAUGUAUAAUACGCACUUUUUCUAUAAAAAUAACCAUCAAAAUCGCAGUGCGUAUUAUACACAGUUUCAAUUGUUUUUCAAGCACAUCCUAAUUUGCAUACCUUGAAAACACAACAAAGAAAGUUACAAAAGCCUAGUAGUAAUUGGUCUUUAUUAGCUUGAGUUAAAUAAUCUACCAAUGAAACAUUUUCAAUUUCAAUCCACAAACACAACAAAGAAAGUAAAGAAAGCCUCGUAGUAAUUGGUGUUUAUUGGCUUGAGUUAAAUAAUCUACCAAUGAAACAUUUUCAAUUUCGAUCCAUAAUCCAUAAUAAUAAAAUUCGAAAUGGUAAUGAAACUUACCACUACGAAACGUCAAUUGUAGGAAGAAUUAACAUUUUUUUUUUUUGCUGUGAAAACUUUUUUUUAUGAAAAAUUUGGUCAAAAAUCGGGGUGCGUAUUAUAUAUGGGCAUGUAUUAUACACAGGUAAAUACGGUAUGUACUACUAUCAUGUUUGUGUUAGUGCCAAAUUCUAAAGGAUCAGGAAGUUUUAUUAGUAUUUUAAUCAGUAUUUAUUUAGUUCAGGUUAUAUGAUUGAAAUUUAAUUCUAACAAUAAUUUUACUUUCUGAUGGAAUCACUGUUUACAUUCUUAAGCAGAAUUUCAUGUACAAAGAAAAUAACUGAAUAUUGGAUUUUUAUCAUCAGGGAGAAAAAGUUGUUUCUCUUCUUUAUGCUGCAAGUUAUGGAGAUGUAACAGCCUUAAGGAGGUGAUGUUGAUAGCUUAGAUUUUAUAUUAAUAAUGAUAAUGAUGACCCUUUUAAGAUGAUAUACAAUAUCAACAUAUGACAUAAAUUCACAUUUACCAAUAUCAUGGCCAUUGCAAUUGGGUAGACACUAUACUUACAAUAUACACUUUAUCAUUCUGAUUUAUUUUCCUUUUUUUUUGUACUCCUUACUGCUUUUGUUACUUCAUACUUAUUGUGCUCAUUCUACUUGUAAACCAUUACACUCAGUUAACUAUGACAGUCCCACUGAUAAAAAUUACAUGACUGUGUAGCAUGCCACAUAUUGUGAAUUUGUCAAAUCAUACUAUUAUUUUCAUGACUGGAUUCUGAUAUUUUAAACUUCAACAUAAAAAAUAACCAUCAUUUGAUAAUACGAAGCAAAAUCUUUGUAAGUUUACUUUGUUGAGAUAUUUUGUUAAAUGGUGAAUUUUAAAACAUCAAAAUAGGGCUAUAGAGUAUGAUUGUAUAGUAAGAAGCAUUGUUUCUGAUAUUCAUGUACUAGAACAUGACAAAGAAAAUUUUCAGUCCAAAAAAGAUGCUUUAUUUUUCAAGUAAUGCUUGGUAGCACCAUUUUGGAGACCAUUAUAAUUAUACCUAUGCAUGUGUACAUGCACAUUAGCUAGAUUGAACUCAAAUUUACCUCAAUGGUUUUAGAUAUUAUCUGUCAGGCACAGACAUGACUAUGCAAAACUAUGAUGGAAGGACAGCUUUACAUGUUGCCGCUGCUCAAGGUAUUGAGGGGAAAAGAAUAUAAUUUUCAACUGGAGCAGAUCUUUAUAGAUUUUUUUUCUUCACCUGUAAAAUAACAGUUGAUAAUUAAUAUUUUUUUUUAGGAGAAAAACACACUGAGGGUUAAUUUAUAGAUACAGUCAAGCCUUAUAAAGCCUUAUAAAAUUUUCUUCCCUGCUGGUCUAUGGCUAAUCAGUAGAAUUAAGCCCUAUUGGAUGUUGUACUUGGAGGGGUCACUUUAAAAACUAUUCAUGCUGUGAUCUCUUCUUUUAUCUUCCAAUUUCCGAAAAUAUAUCAUUAUGUAAGCCCAAUGAAAUAACAAUGACAGUCUGGGCGUGUAAGCCUUCUCAACAAGAAGAAAUGAGGUAGCAAUAUUUAGAUGAUACCCAUGAUACUGGUCAUCUGUCAACCUGUUUCUUUUUUUGUUUUGUUUUCUUUUAAUCUUUUGUGUUGACAGGCCAUCAGGAGGUCAUCAAAUUUCUUCUAGAGAAAUGUGAGGUUCCAGUUGAUCCAAAAGAUAGGUACAGGAGGAUAAGAAUUAAAUUAUCUUCAUUUACUUUAAUUUCUUGGUAGUUAAUUGACCAUGAAUUGUACAUGUAAAGAAAUAAAGGUUAAGUCUGUACUGGAGCCAAGUGGCCUACCCAGCCACAGCUUACUGCACUUUCCUUAGCAUGAAGCGAAAAGGAGUAUGCCAUUCCAUCAUAAGGUAACCCCCCCACCCCCCCUUCAUCAGGCUCUCCUGACAAUUGGGAAGGGGGAGUGGUUGUGCUCUUAUCCACUUUGUGCUACAGAAACUGCUGUUAAGCAUGAGCAGUUAUGAGCCUCUAAUGUCAAAGACUUAAACCUUAUCUUUGAUUGUCUUUUAACAAAUUAUAUCUGUUUAUUCUUUUCUGCAUUUUAACGCCCUGGAAAAAUUUAACAGAAGUUUGAAGAUUAGUGCAUCACAUUAGCUUCAUGGCAAACAUUUUCUAUUAAAUUAUCUCCUUCAAGAAUUUUCAAAGCACAAAUGGCAAGCAGCUUGUUAAUAGAAGUGAAUUUCUUUUUAGGUGGGGAUUUUCACCUCUUGACGAAGCAGUACGAUUUGACCAUCAGGCCUGCGUGGACCUGAUAAAACACCAUCUUCAGUUACAAGGAAAAACUAUUCAAUAAUUGGUAGAGCCUUGUGAUACAUGAAGUUGACCAAAAGGAUCAAUUCCUAGGUAUAAAAUAUGAGUUUAAAAACCAUUUUAUUUGUAAAAUUUGAAGUGACCUCACUGAAAUGAUAUACUGCAUUCCUAAAAUAAGCGCUUAUGUUCUCUAAUAAGGGCCUUCCCCCAAAAAGCACCUUCCCAUGAAUAAGUGCCCACCCCCUAAGGUCAUAUUUAUCAAACAAGUGCCUCAAUCCUCCUCCCUUUCUCAAAUAGCAGGGAUGAAAGGCAAACUUGUUUCUAUUUCCACCUUGUUUAUAAAUUUUCAAGCUUCAGUACAGAAUAAUAAUUGAUUAAUAAGCACCCUCCUUCCUAAAAGCGCUCUUCCCCUACACUGAAAUUUAAAAUAAGGGCUUGAGUGCUUAUUCAUGAAAUACAGUGUGCACCAAAAUGCAUGCAGCAAUGCAUUAUAGAGAACAGUUACUGGUAACUAAGUUAUUUUAUUUAUCGUUCAAAGUUUUAAAUAUCCACAAACAAUGUAAGGUUAAAGGUACUAGUGUGAAAAAAGGAAAGUUCCUUUAUGCAAGUAUGUUACAAAAAGCAGGGAUUAUAUCCAAGUAAGGAUAAUUAUAUAUUUUUGAGAAAUUUGUUUGAAACUACAGAAUACCAAAUUUUAGCCAGUUUAUUCCCAAAGGGAACUUAUUUUUUUAAAAUGGAACUGGGUCUCACAAUUAUUACAAACUUAUCAUAAUUGACAACUUUCCAAGACAAUGAAAUUAAUUUAAUCGCAUGAUAAUAUUAUUAAGAGUAACAUUAAUAUAUAACAUAAUCUGCUUUACAAAGCAUCCUCUCUACUGAAUGAGGGUUUUAUCAUGGCUAAUACAUACACUGUAGCUGAUAGUCUGUUGUACUUUACUGAACUGAACCAUAAAGUAUGUGUGUUAUUAUUGGUCAAUUUAACAGGCCAUAUUUCACAGUGCAGCCUACUAAAUUCAAAAGCUUCAGAGAAAUUAUUAAUAUCUCACUAACCUUGUUUUCUUGGUCUGUACUCAAAAUACCAGAACCUCAUAUUUUCCACUUAGAUUUAUGGCCUGCAUGCUUUAUAAUCACCACUCUUAUCUAAAUGAACUCAUUGCAUGGGACUCAUGCGAACACAAGCUAUUGUCUAAUGAUAAUAGUGGCAACUGUUUGACAUCAUAUAAGCCAAAAUGGCACCUUCUGGGAAAUUGAGGCAUUAAUAUUGCUUCCAUUUGUUUACAGUUCUUGUGCAUUUCAGGUUUUUUCCCAAUUUUCCAAGGGGAAUCUUCAUGGAACAAGUUAUUGUCAUCACUUUAACAGCAAUUUGUCCUGAAAAAUUCCCUUAACCCCUAAGAGUGACUAAUAUCUAAUUUCUCCUUUCAGUAUCAUCCUAGAAUCAAACAUUUAGAUAAUGAGAGUUAAGGAAAUGGUUAUUGACUAAAGAACUUUAUGUUUGUUAAAGUCUCGCUUUUCUCGUGAGUACUGCAGGAAAUGUAAAUAGAAUAGAAUGCAUACUUAAGUUAGGGUG